AUGGCAGGGGAAACGUCUUUGCAUUUGUUGUUGGCUCUUUACCUGCUUUGUGACACCACACUGUGCACGCCCACACACAUAUUACAAGACUUUGACGUGGAUGGUGGACGAGAUAGGGACAUUUUUGAAAUCAAUGAAGAAGCAGGAUUAAAUCUGGUGGAAGGCGACAUUGUGCUUGACGAGAAACAGUCAAGAAACUCCAUCAUAGGUGAUGAGUACAGGUGGCCUCUGACCAUUCCAUACUACAUGGAGGACGACCUCGAGAUCAACGCUAAAGGUGUAAUCCUGAAGGCCUUUGAGCAGUACCGUCUCAAGACCUGCAUCCACUUCACGCCGUGGACAGGAGAAGAGAACUACAUCUCCAUCUUUAAAGGCAGCGGGUGCUUCUCUUCUGUGGGCAACCGGCGAGUGGGCAAGCAGCGGCUGUCGAUUGGCAGCAACUGUGACCGCAUCGCCACCAUCGAACACGAGUUUCUUCAUGCUUUGGGUUUCUGGCACGAGCAGUCCAGGGCGGACCGAGACGAUUAUGUCACCAUUAUGUGGGACCGCAUCUCAGAAGGCAAGGAGCACAACUUUAAGACGUACAACGACACCACCUCCAGCUCGCUGGGCGUCCCUUACGACUACGGCUCCAUGAUGCACUACAGCAAGACGGCCUUCAGGAACGGCAGCGAGCCCACCAUCGUCACCAAGAUCGCCGCCUUCAGCGACGUCAUCGGCCAGAGGAUGGAGUUCAGCGACAACGACUUGCUGAAGCUGAGCCGCCUCUACAACUGCACUCAGGGAUCCACUUUUCUGGACUCAUGUGACUUUGAACGCGAGAACAUCUGCGGGAUGAUCCAAGGACCGGGGGACUCGGCCGAUUGGCACAGAGUGUCCAAAGUGGCAGGCGGGCCCAACACAGACUACUCUAACUUGGGCAAAUGCUCUGGUUCUGGCUAUUUCAUGCACGUAUUCACAAACACGUUGAAUGUUGACGACACGGCCAACCUUGAGAGCAGAAUGCUGUACCCCAAAAGAGGCUACCAAUGUCUGCAAUUCUUCUUCUACAACAGCGGCGGCCCCAACGACACACUGAGCGUCUUUGUGCGCGAGUAUGACAGCACAAACCCUGCUGGGAAACUGCGCCUCAUCACUACUAUUGAUGGACCCCCUCAGGACCUGUGGCAGCUGCACCACAUCAGCCUGGACGUGACAAAGAAUUUCCGCGUGGUCUUCCAGGGCGCCAAAAAAGGCACAGGAUCUUCUUCAGGUGGCCUCUCUCUGGAUGAUAUCAACAUCUCGGAGACCAAAUGUCCAGAGUUCGUAUGGCGCGUGAAGAACUUCAGCCAGGUCAUGGACAACACCCCCAUGAACGAGGCCAUCCGUAGCCCGCCGUUCACUUCCAAGGAGGGCUACACCUUCCAGAUGAAGCUCUAUCCCAGCGGGAAGACCGGUUACCCGGGUCAGCUGUCGGCCUACGCUAAUUUGGUGGCCCGGGCGGAGGACAGCGGGCAGACGUGGCCUUGCCCCUGGAAACAAAUCACCAUGAUGCUCAUGGACCAGCACUCGCACAUCCAGAAGCGCAUGUCCAACCAGCGCAGUGUCACCACAGAUCCUAAGAAGACCUCAGGAUCCAAGCUCUUCUGGGACGACCCUCGCAAGGUGGGCACUGAGGUGACAGACUCAGAUGGGUCCAAGUAUUUCCGUGGACCCGGCUCUGGUACUUCAGUGUACCUCACCCACCUGAGAGCCAAGAGCAGGGAUUUUAUCAAGGGAGGGGACGCUAUCUUUCUCCUCAGUAUGGAGGAUGUGUCUCAUCUGACCGUCAGCCAACCUCUACCCGCUUCCACUCCAUCUCCAACCACCACCAACGGGCCCUCUGAGGUGUGUGCAAAUGUGGAGUGUCAGAAUGACGGCGUGUGCGUGCCGGACCAAGGAAAACCCGUUUGCAGGUGUGCCGUGGGGGCCGACUGGUGGUCCUACGGGGACAGCUGCCAGCACAAAGGCUCGCUCUCGGACAACCGCACCCUCGCCCUGGCCUCCUCUCUGUCCGUGCUGGCCGCCAUGCUGGUCGUGACCGCGGUCACCGCCGUGUGUGUGAAGAAGAAGUACAAGUCCAGGGCACUGCUCGUCUAA